AUGUUAGCCUCCUUACUCCGACCAAGAGGAAAGCGCACUCAAAUUGAUCAGUCGGUCUUUUCGUCUCCCUUCACAGCCGACAAUUCACCAUGGUUCGGUGGGGUUGCGCGACGCGCUUUGCGGGACACGCGUGGAGCCGACUCCAGUGAGGAUGAGCCAGAACUCGAGGAUAUCGAUGAGCAUAUGGAUGAACACUGGGAGGAACAUGGCGACGAGAGAGAAGACCAUGAAGAUGAUCCGGUCGAGUCUACCCCACUUCUCCCCAUAUUCUCGUCGUCGCAUUUAGAUGCUCUCCCCGUCUACGAUAUCACACAUGCCAUUCGUCCCCUGAUUGUCGCACGAUGCGAAACUACAUUGACCUGGGAUCAGCUUCGCUCUCCCCAGGUUUCGCAAUUCCUGGUCAAGCCCAUCCAACAACAGAUCAUGGCUGAUCAUUUCUCACGCGCUACACUCUAUGCGCUAAUGGCGAAUUGUUUACAAUUUGAGAAAGAGAUACAUCUGAAUCCGGGCAAUAGUGGCGCAAGUCAGACUCGUGCAAUGGUGAGCGAAUUGCUUGCGAUUAAGCUAUUGCGAGAAUAUUCCACCCGCGAGUUGAUUGAUGCGCUGUCAUACGAGUUCUACCCACUCCAAGGCCAAGAUCAAUCCGAAAGAUGGACAGGCCCCCAGGGAAAACGCACAACCGGCACGGCCCGAAUCUCUUGUCUGGAAGUAGCUAUUCGCGCACAGGCUAAGCGUUUCCUCGCGCAUCCCGUUGUGGUUCAACAAUUGGAAGCUAUCUGGGCGGGCACAGUCGUCUUCCAUUCAGCCGCCGAUAAUCUACAUCGCCCGGUGAAUCGCUCAGCAGCUCAAGUCUAUGAUUAUGGAAGUUCGUUUGACCAACAUGGGCACUCUAUCCCUCCUCCACGCAGUCCUACGUUUCGGCGUUCGGUUACCCUGUACAAUCCUCGAGAUGCCUCUCUGUUUAAACUCUCGCGAUUACGUGUGCCUCGAUAUCGCCAAUUCCUUUCAACUCUCUCCUUUGCAGUCCUGCUGGGGCUCUUCUUGGCUGUCCUUGAACGACGUAGCCUUCGAAUCACAUCAUUGGAAAUUGUGUUUUGGUUUUGGAGUGCAGGAUUCAUGCUCGACGAAAUUGUUGGAUUCAAUGAGCAAGGGUUCAGUUUGUAUCUAAUGAGUUUCUGGAACAUUUUCGAUUUGGGAAUUCUGCUGCUUUUGUUCUGUUACUAUUGCUUGCGGGUCUAUGGUGCAUUUUUGACCUACCCGCGAAGCAAUCAGAUGGCAGAAAAAGCAUAUGAUGUCCUCGCAGCUAAUGCUGUUCUCCUUUUCCCACGCCUAUUCUCCGUCCUCGACCAUUAUCGAUACUUCUCUCAGCUACUGGUGGCAUUCCGAAUCAUGGCAUCGGAUCUGAUCGCUGUAUUUUUACUGAUCGUUAUUGCAUGCAGCGGCUUUUUUGUCGCCUUCUUGUCUUUUGGAAAUGAUGACUCCCCAAGGACAGUUGCAUAUGGGUUGUUCCAAAUGGUCAUGGGCUUCACACCUACUGCGUGGGCGAUGUGGGAUGAAUACAAUCUUCUUGGAAGGACAAUUCUAACGGUCUUCCUGUUUAUCUGUCAUUUUGUGAUCGUCACCAUCCUCGUGUCUGUGCUAUCAAACAGCUUCAUGAGAAUUGUCAAUAAUGCAAACUCCGAGCACCAAUUUCUCUUUGCUGUGAACACAAUCUCGAUGGUGAAAUCGGAUGCAUUGUUUAGCUACGUGGCCCCAACGAAUGUGAUAGCUUGGCUCGUCACCCCUUUCCGAUACCUGAUGCCUUUUCGUCAGUACAUUAAGCUCAAUCGAACCAUCAUCAAAGUGACUCACUUGCCGAUCUUGUUUACCAUCUGCCUCUACGAGAAGACUAUCCUCAGUGCUAGUGUAGUGGAACCGGUCGAUCUCGUGGAAGCAAACACACGUCCGCGCACAUCAACCCAACAACCUUUGAGCCGGUUCAGAGCGUUCAGUAACAGAGUUCCACGUCUGGUGCGCGAGCCCUCCAUUGCAACUUAUCAGAAAGACCAAGCUCUUGAAGAGGUUUUCCGUCAGCAUGUCAGCGACGAACGGUUGCGAGACAGACCAAGCAGCAUUCGCAAACGCCAAACCAACAAUGUUAUCAAAGAUUGGAUGCAAGAGAUUGGCUCUGGUCCAGCUCAUACACCGGAAGAGGAAGACUCCGCAGUCGUCGAUAGUCUUGAGCGACCAUUACGACGACCGCACUUUCCCUUACGAAAGAAAUUGGCUGGUCGUGGACGCGACUUCACUGAAACUACACGCUCACUUGCUGCAUCUAACCCGGAGGAACCCGUCAGUCAUAUCGAAAUUUCAGCAUUUUACCCCCGUCGAAGGGACUCGAUCUCUCCAAGGACUCGUCAACUCUCUCAGCAUACGGAUAUGGAGGGAGAUGACGAGCAUGAUAGUGAUGAUGUUUCACACGAGGAGCAAACAGACAAGGGGUCCAUCAGUGGCCCUAAUCUCGGUGACAGUAGCGAGAAGACCACACCCAAAUUUUACAGCUCGCGACCAUCUACAGCCAGGAUGGUAUCCCGACGCGGAAGUCCAGUGCGCCGGCCUAGACACACUCGUAAUAUGUCAGGUGCCACUAUGCUCUAUAACCCUCUCGGUUCGCCAAAUGAAGAAACCGAAGGGCGGACAACUCCUCCGCUGCCAAAUCGCGACACCUCUGAUCAAGACUCCUCCUCCGAUAAUGACGAUGAUAACGAGAAGCGCCCAGAAUUUUCGGCUUCUAUCGAGCGUGGUACAGUGAAACGACAUAUGCUUGAUUCUUCCCUGGCACGGAACAUGUCCGUUGGCCUGACCCAGAUGUCUGUUCCCGAGAUCGAGGCACUUUACUUAUCCGACCGCCCAACAAGUCGACGACCCCAACGCUCUUUACUAUUUGAUCUGGGUUCCGAUCUAGGCGACAACAGGGCAGUCGCCGGUGGAUUCACGGGAGUGGUUCCAUCCAGCUUCAAUACCCAAAUGGCGUUUGCCACCGGAAACCUCCACCGAGAUACACCAAACCAAACCCAGGACAUGCUCAGCAAGUUAGUUCUAGCUCGCAUGAAUAACAUCGAAGAAGGAUUCCGCGAGGUCAUCAAAGAAGUGAAAGACCUUCGACGCAGUGGAUCUAGUCGUAGUCGCAGUCGUCCAGACGAGCUUCGUGGCGCUACACGGGAGAAGAAGAAGCGGUCCGAGAAGAAAGAAACGAAGAAACGCAGACCCGACUCUGCAGAAAGUCGAACAGGUCGUGAUGGAAAUCCGUCUACAGAGCCUCAUACCCCUGCCUCAGCCUAA